AUGCGACUUACUUUUUUUGGGGCCGAGGAGGAGUGGAAAGCGGUCUGUCGACCGUUAGUACAACCUCCAAGGAACGAGGUAACUUUUUGAAUUUUUUUGCUUCAUUUUAUUUCUCCCUUUCAGGAAAAAUUGCUGGUUUUUUCCAUCCUUGAUGCUGACGAUCGUCUUGUGAUUUUUUUCUCCAUUGACGCUUUCUCCCUUCUCCCAACCAAAUUGUGUAAGUUUUGAAAUACUUACUGAUCUAUUUCUUUUAUUACCCACGACCUUUUUUGAUGGUUAAAGUCGUGAUUGGAAUUUAUCUCAUAAUCCAAGAACUUAUUUCAGACUUCCAGUACAUUGUUUCUUUCUGCGCACAGUCGCAAGGUUCCCACCGACAACAGGAGACGUCAUUCUCUGAAUGA